AUGUUAAAACCUAAAGUAAAAGCAGGAUCCUUUCUCGUCACAUUUUUUGUGCCAAAUUCUGUCCUUGAGAGACUAAAAACAGACAUCCCAAAAAAGGAUCUCUUUGAAGAGUUCGGUGUCACACAACUGGACAUAAAUGGACACUGUGUGUACUGUGAUGGUGGUGAAACACCUCUAGCUCUGACGGAGGAGGCAAUGAAGACUACUGCUGUCCCUAGGUUUAUGGAGAUCUCAGCAACUCUUCCCUCCAUGGACGCUUCUUCGGCCUCAUCUAAUAGAGCACCAGAAAAUGGUUUGUCAAUUAAUGCUAUCUUGGAAGAGUGUCUAAAUAAUCCAUGUGACUAUAAUUCAUCAGUUCUUGCUCCUGGAACAAAUGGGUCUGAUGAGGCUGCAUAUUAUGUGGACCCUAUAGCUGUUACCCUGAAAUCAUCUGAGUCGGAUGAAAUGGACUCUAAAGAGGCAGCUCAUCUUCCUGAGCCCGCAGUUUGUGAGACUAAGCUACCUGCAGAGGAUGCCAGUUUAAGGACUCUUGCUGUGGCAGAGGAAGCUAAAACUACGAGUGCAGUUGUAGUCCCUGGUUUUUCUGAAAACAUAGAUACUUCUACUACUUCACAGCACCAGUCAUCUGAUGAAGCUACUUAUAGCGAUAUAGUUGUUGCUCCAACAAAGUCGUCUGGGCCUGGCGACAGGGAUUCUCGUGAACCAACAUCAGCAUUCUCUAACAAAGGAGGGAUUUUGAGUGAAUUCCCUGAACUGCAGCCAUUUGUACUCUCUAAUGUACAUCCGACUGGUGUAACAAUUGGCUUCGGAUCCUACGGUCGUGUAGAGGAAGUCCGCGUUUCUGGAGCCAUAUGUGCUGCUAAGAAAGUGCAUGAUAUUUUUCAACUAACAGAAUUUCACAAUAUUUCAAACCACUUUGUAAGGGAGUGCCGCCUGAUGAGUACCCUGCGCCACCCAAACAUUGUUCAGUUUCUAGGCAUUGCCUCUGUUCCUGACUCUCAACUGCCUGUCCUCAUCAUGGAAAAACUUCAAACCAACCUUCACGACUUUCUAGUCAACACACCAGACCCUGAUUCAACCAGGCCAUUCUUUCCACCGAGUCUAAAGUGCUCCAUACUUCAUAAUGUGGCAAGUGGUCUAGCCUACUUACAUGAGCAAACACCGCCCAUCAUCCACCGUGACUUGUCGGCAAAAAACAUUCUCCUUACCUCUGAUAAGGUGGCCAAGAUAACAGACUUGGGUACUGCUCGUUUAUUCCCUUAUGUGAGGGCUACAGCCACCAUGACUAUGAUGCCUGGGGCCCUCUCCUACAUGCCUCCAGAAGCUAUGGAAAAUAGACUUCCAGAAGAAAAUGAGGUGCAACCCGUAAAAGCAAAAUACGGUACAAGCAUCGAUGUCUUCUCUUUUGGUGUUGUAACGAUAUUCACUUUGAGCGAAUCCUUUCCCUAUGAAUUACUUGCUCCCAACUAUCGUGAAUUCGAAAGUUCUCAACUAAAAGCUAGAACUGAGUUCGAGCGGCGAGAAAAGUAUAUGAAAAUAAUAUGUAAGGCACUCUCUGAUGAGCACCCCCUCAUUAUGAUGAUUAAGGACUGCUUGGACUUCCCUGAAAAACGACCAAGUAUUCAGAGUGUGCUACAUCUGUUGGAUGAGCUUAAAUCUCGAGGCAUUAAAGACAAGCAGAUACACAUGAACCAGCUGCAGUCUAAGGCGAUGAAACCACUCGAAGGCCAGGAGGAAGUUCAGAAUUACACAGGUAGCGAUGCCAAUAUCAAUCAAAUAAGCUACCUUCACCCCUUACCAGAAAUAGCUUUUGAUGAUUGGAGAUAUUAUGCUUAUGCUGCUGAACAAAGGAGAAUCCUAGUACGGAACAACCGAAGAUUUCGUCAAGAAGUAGAUAUCGAGGCUAUUUACCCAUACCUCAAUGAGCAGGGUCUACUGUCCGACCACGAGAGAGACAUUCUGCAGAACCAUUACCACACACGACAGUUCAAGAUAGACAAACUGCUGCAGUGGAUACCCAUGAAAGGCGAUGAUGCAGUGGAUAUGUUUGUAUAUUGUUUGCGGAGGUCUAGUCACAAGGCGAUUAGCCACAAGGAACUUGCAGACUUGUUUCAGCAUAACCAAGGCAUUAAGCAGUUGAUCCCUACUCAACCCCCUGCAUUAGCAGUGACUAAA